AGUCCUGAAGCGAGGCGCUUUGUUACCUUAAAAUAAACUCGGAAAUGCGUAAUACGCGAACGUGUGCAAUGGUGUUAUUAUGCAGAUACGUCUUUUGUGAAAGCGAUAUUUUGAUUCUCGAUAACAUGGAAAACUUGUUUGUUUGUUUUUUCGAUACGUUAUUUCAGAGCUUGCGAGAGCUGCCUGCGUUAACUUAAACAAAGCGGAAAGGGAAAUCGAUGUCCCUUGCUGUAAGGGAAACUGGUGCGCGGUGAGAGGUUCGCUGCUGAAGAUCGCGAGUUUAUUGCUAGUGCAAAGUUAUUUUUGUACUGUUAUCGUUAAAGAUAUAUAAGGAACCUCUUGUUAAUGUUGAGAUCCAAAAUGGCGGCUUGUUGGGUCGCUCCCCCAGUGAUCCUGGUGUUUGCGUCGGUCCUUUCUGCUCCGGGGCUCGCCUCCUCCUGCCCGCAUCCCUGCUCCUGCAGCGCCGGGGAGAAUGGCUUCAUGAUGCUGGAUUGUAGUAGAAGGAAACUGACAGAGGCGCCCUCUGAGCCACCAGACUGGAUAACAUACUUGAGCUUGAACUACAAUGAAUUGACAGCAGUCCCCUUCUUUGGACAAUUUCAUGACAGUUAUUUUUGUAUUUCAUAUCAGACAAUUUGGGUAAUGCUAACUUGGAACAUAACAGUUUUGUCACUAGUUCAUAACAGAAUUGCAGAGAUCGUCACAGAUCAUCUUCAGCCAUAUGUUUCUAUGGAUUCUUUGGACCUCAGCUCAAACCUGAUUUCACAAGUACAAGCAGCCUCAUUUCCACCAAUGCAGCUCAAAUAUUUAAAUUUGAGUAACAACAGAAUUACCACUUUGGAACCCGGGUGCUUUGAUAAUAUCUCUAGCUCCUUGGUGGUCCUGAAACUGAACAGAAACAGAAUCACUUUCCUCCCGCUGAAGAUCUUUAAACUUCCUCACUUACAGUACUUGGAAUUAAAACGUAACAAAAUUAAGAUGAUCGAAAGCCUUACAUUCCAAGGCCUGGAUUCCUUGAAAUAUCUGAAGAUGCAGCGUAAUGGACUCAGCCAGCUUAUGGAUGGAGCCUUUUUCGGACUUAAUAAUAUGGAGGAGCUGGAACUGGAACACAAUAACCUGACGGAAGUGAACAAAGGCUGGCUCUAUGGGUUACGAAUGCUGCGUUUGCUCCAGGUUAGCCACAAUGCUAUUGGCAGGAUCAGCCCUGAUGCUUGGGAGUUCUGCGAGAAACUGUCUGAAUUAAAUGUAUCUUCUAAUCAUUUGACUCGCUUGGAUGCGACUGCUUUUUCUGGUCUUGGUUUGCUUGAGACUUUGAACUUGGGGAACAAUGCUGUGAGCCACAUUGCGGAGGGUGUGUUCAGUGGUCUGCCCAACCUGCACCAUCUAGAUAUAAGAAAUAAUGACAUUUCUUGGGCUAUUGAAGAUUCGGUUGGAGUGUUUGUUGGGCUGGGCAAGUUGAACACACUAAUACUGCAAGGAAACGGGAUUAAAUCUGUGACAAGUAAAGCAUUCUCCGGUCUUGAGACGCUAGAACAUCUGGACUUGACUAGAAAUGGAAUCAUGUCGAUUCACCCAAAUGCCUUUUCACAGGUGAACCUAAAAGAACUUCUGUUGAACACCAGUAGUUUGCUGUGUGACUGCAAUCUUAAAUGGCUACCUCAGUGGCUGAUUGACAACAAAUUCCAGCAUUCUGUGAAUGCCAGCUGCGCCCACCCUGCAUGGCGCGCAGGACAGAGCAUUCUCAGUGUCGUCGUGGAGGAUCUGAUCUGCGAUGAUUUUCCUAAGCCCCAGAUCACUGCACAUCCUGAGACUACAGUGGCUCUCAAGGGAAUGAAUAUUACAUUCACUUGCAUUGCAGCAAGCAGCAGUGAUUCACCAAUGUCGGCAGCUUGGAGGAGAGACAGUGAAGUUUUGUAUGAUGCAGCAGUCCAAAACUUUGUCAGAUACAGGGAGCAAGAGGGAGCGCUCAUUGAGUACACCACUGUGCUGCAUCUUUUUAAUGUUAAUUUUACCGAUGAAGGCCGGUACCAGUGUGUUGUCACGAAUCACUUUGGAUCCAAUUAUUCAGAAAGAGCAAAACUUACUGUGAACGAACUGCCCUCCUUUGUGAAAACGCCGAUGGACCUCACCAUUCGGACUGGGACCAUGGCUCGCCUGGAGUGUGCCGCAGAGGGGCACCCCGCUCCUCAGAUCGCCUGGCAGAAAGACGGUGGCACAGACUUCCCAGCUGCGCGGGAGCGGCGCAUGCACGUCAUGCCAGAGGAUGAUGUGUUCUUCAUCGCAAAUGCCAAGAUUGAAGACAUGGGAGUCUACAGCUGCACAGCACAGAACCCAGCGGGGAGUGCACAUGCUAAUGCAACACUAACAGUUUUAGAAACUCCCUCUUUUGUCCGACCCUUGGAGGACCGAGUGGUAGCCAAAGGGGAGACUGCAGUGCUGCAGUGUAUAGCUGGCGGCAGCCCCCCUCCUCGACUGAACUGGACGAAGGAUGACGGGCCCUUGGUGCUUACAGAGCGGCACUUCUUUGCUGCAGCCAAUCAGCUGCUGAUUAUUGUGGACGCUGGUCCGGGGGAUGCUGGGAAAUACACUUGCAUCAUGUCAAACACGUUGGGUACAGAGCGGGGUCACAUCUUCUUAAAUGUUGUUCCUUCUCCAAACUGUGACCCUGCUCAGGGCAGCGGUGCUUAUGAAGAGGACGGAUGGACUACUGUGGGAAUCGUGAUCAUCGUGGUUGUGUGCUGCGUUGUGGGCACCUCUCUUGUCUGGGUUAUUGUCAUUUAUCACAUGAGAAGGAAAAAUGAAGAUUAUAGUAUUACUAACACAGAUGACAUGAAUUUGCCGGGUGACAUUCCCAGUUAUCUGUCCUCUCAAGGAACACUAUCGGAGCCUCAGGAGGUCUAUAGUAACUCUGAAGCCGGGAGUCACCAGCAGCUAAUGCCCCCUUCAGCUAAUGGCUACGUCCACAAAGGAACAGAUGGUAUUUGUUAUGUGGGCUCUGGGAGUGAAGUGGAUAUGGAUGUCAACCCUUUUCUGGCCUCCAGCUUGCAAAGCAGGAUGGGCUGCUUAUUCAGUGGGAGGACUGGCUUCCCGCCAGAGGAGUCACAAGAAGGAUAUGCGCAGGCCAGCUCGGGUUCUGAGCCGCUGGUCAUUUGUUCUGAUUGCUAUGACAAUGCCAACAUGUAUUCAAGGACCCGGGAGUACUGUCCAUAUGCCUACCUUAGUGAAGAGGACUGCUUACCUGCCCAUGCGCAUCAAGAGGACCCAGCCCUCGAUGGGGUAAUCGCAGACAAGGACAUGUCUGUAUUUCUGACCAACCAUGACAGGAUACAUCUAAAAGCUUCUUCUCAGAAGUGCAGCACUGAAAGCCAUUCCCGACCGUUGUGGGUGUUAAAUCAAGACACGGGACUUGUUUCACAUUCCAUCUUCUCCCAGCAGCCAGUGAAUGUACCUGCAAACCCUUCUGCACGUGUUCUUCGAGAAGAUGAGAAGGAAGAGGAGGAGGGUGAUCUUGAGUGCUCAGCACCCUCCAAGCCAUUCCAGCAUGCAGCACAGGAGCACAGCUGCGAUUCCAACAGGACUCCUCAAAACAGACAGGACCCCAAAGCUCCCAAAUAGAGCAGAAGAAGCCUCAUCUGAGGAAGCCACUACCUCCAAAUGACUACACUAAACGCCAAAAAAUGCAUAUGUGCGAGUUUACAUUUCAAGAAACAAUGAAGCAUUUUAACACAGAAAAGUCGAUACUUCAUUCAUUACCUGCGCCCUGUAUUAAGCAUUUUUGACCGAUUUUAGUAUUUAAUAGUUUUUGAAGUCAUUACUUGAGCUGUUGCCGCCUUAAUCAGCUUGGACUCAGGCACCCACACUGUACAUUAGAAAAUGUGAGAAAAAUAGCUUUCGCUCACCUGUGUUCCAGACAAGCUUAUAAAUAUAACAUUGUGCACUGAAAAUGAACAAUCAUGGAUUUUGGCCACAUACAAUUAACUUUUGCUUUGGAGAAAGGCAGGAACUUAAGCUGUCCCAGGUAUGAUCUUAUACUGUCCAUUCUAAAUGCUGAUGUCUGCUCUGCUAAGAAACAGGUCAUUCCUGCUGGUUGGGUUCUAAUCCUGUGUCUCCUGGGAUUCCUGUAAGUGUUAUCGGAAUCUGGUAGAUGCACAGAAUCAAGCUGAGGACUCUUCAAUUAAAUGAAUUUGCACUUAUGAGAAGAAUAGUCUGCUUUAUGUUCAGUAGUACAUUUUUAAUGGCGCUACCUUCAGAAAACUAAAUGAAAGUAAACAGAUUUAAUCAGAUCUUUCCAUAGGUCCACGGCAUACUUUCUUUAAACAUGCGCUGACUCGAGAGCAGCGAAGACGAACACUGUCCUCCGAAGUGUGUGCCGUCAGCUUCUUUUCACACAGCAGUCUCGCCAUGCAGCCACCUUGGAGGACAACGCACCUCCGGGCUGCUUGCAGGCAAGUCUGCAGGCUGCUGGCCAGAUUACAAGGGUUGCUGUUGCAUGGUGAGCUAAGGACACUGGCUGACCUAAACCCUGCCCACCGGCGACGCUCGGCCAAUUAUGUGCCACCCCCUGGAAUAGCCUGGACUCGAACCGGUGACGUCCAGGCUGUAGGGUGCAUCCUGCAUUCCACGCGGCGCGCCUUUAACGGAUGCGCCACUAGUUCUGUAUUUUUUUUUUUUUUAAUGUAAUAACUGCCUGCUGUCUCACUCCAAGGUUUCCAUGAACUGAUUAUCUUUUACAUGUAAAGAAUGCUUAAAUGAUGAGGACCUUCGUGCUUUGAAUAUUAAUACAGUAUUGAAAUACUGAUGUGACACAGUUCAAGUUCUACUCCAAAUUCACGUAGAACAGUUUAACGAUUUGAUUGAUUAAUCCGUUCACAUAUAGACUAUUGGUUGUUUAAGAAAUAUUAGUAAUUUUUUUUUAUAGAAUGUGGUUAACAACAAGUAUUGAAUUUGGAGAAUGUGUUUUCUCUAUUGUUGUCUUGCAUAUCAUUGCAAGUUAACUCAAAAUGUAAAUGUUUUGUUUGCACAAUUCUGGCCUUAAACUUGGUUUUUGUCUUUUUGUUGUCUUAAAAUAAGUAACUAAGUAACUGUUUGGCCUUAAGUUGUAAUGCGGUGACAGUAUUCUGAGUUUUAUGAUGCUUCCUUUUUAUACAGCAUGUGUUUCCCUGAACGUAUCGUCCUCAUGUUUGAGCUGUGGGAAUGCAAGAUCGUUGUGCAGGUUGGUAAAAGCUGGCCGUGUUUGGCACUAUAUUAACAUUGCAAUCACACCGGUCUUCAUGGUUGAUGUCAUACAGUAACAUGUUGAACAGGUCUGUUGAUGCACACGAUGGUCUAGUUUUCAGUGUGUAUUGCUCCGGGGCAAAAUGUUAUAUAACAUGAUAUCUAUUAUACUUUUUAUACUGCUGCGUUUGUACUGAUUGCAUAAAUUCCAAAGUCUCGGCAUUUACACUCUAUGCUGGAAAUAUUGAUCAAAUGCUGUCUUGCUGUAUCGUGUAACGGUUCCCUUUGUAAUAUGUAUUUCAAAUGCUGUCGACUAAAUGUACAUUCUGUAAAGCAUGUGUAAAAUAUGUUUUGUUUCUUGUGAUGUAUAGUGACCUUGAAACAAUAAACUAAAGUACUUUUGUGAA